GUCUAUCACCCAGGAGGCCCGGAAACAAAAACAUCCUAAACCCAAACCCCCAGAAACACAUGUUUGCAGCACCCAUUAACCUCUGUGUAAACCCUUUAUUAGCUGCUACUCAUCAAGCUAACGGCAGUAGCAGCGUUAGGGCAAGACCCAACACCAAAACCCAGAUGGAGAUCAGUGGGUUAGACAGUAACGGCCGCCAAUUCAAGAACCCAGAUGAAAUGUGGCAAGAAGAAGUUGGUGAUUCACAAAAGAAGCAUGAUUGGUACAGCAACGGUGUUGGCUACUGGCAAGGUGUGGAAGCAUCGGUGGAAGGUGUGCUGGGUGGAUAUGGGCAUGUGAAUGAGCCUGAUAUUAGUACAAGUGAGGCUUUUUUGAAUACCCUUUUGGCUCGUUUCUUUCCUGAUGCUGGUAGAAAUCAGCAUCUUGUAGCUCUUGAUUGUGGUUCUGGAAUUGGAAGGGUGACUAAGAAUCUUCUUAUAAGAUACUUCAAUGAGGUUGACCUUCUUGAGCCUGUGUCACAUUUCUUGGAGGCUGCUCGUGAGAAUUUGUCUCCUGAAAAUAUGAUGGUAUCUGGGGACCACAAAGCCGUCAACUUUUAUUGUACCCCACUGCAGGAAUUCACUCCAGAUGCAGGAAGGUAUGAUGUCAUAUGGAUUCAGUGGUGCAUUGGCCAUCUCGCUGAUGACGACUUUGUGUCAUUCUUCGAGAGAGCAAAGGCUGGGCUUAAACCGGGUGGAUUUUUUGUUUUGAAAGAAAACCUUGCAAGAUCUGGAUUUGUGUUGGAUAAUGAAGAUAAGAGCCUUACAAGGUCACACGUGUACUUCAAGGAACUCUUUAAUCGGUGUGGGCUUCACAUCUACGAGAUGAAGGAUCAAAAGGGAUUUCCAGAUGAACUAUUUCCUGUGAGAAUGUAUGCAUUGACAACAGAAAUUCCUAAAAGAGUCGGUACCUCAAGACCAAAACGAAAGUCAAAUAGACCGGCCGUCAUCAAGUAAUGUGGUGUUGCUACACAGGCUCGAGUUUAGGGUCCUCUUUUGUCUGUAGGAGUUGUGAUUUUGUGUCAUAGCGUGAAAACAGUGUUUGUGAGUUCUAUGUAAGUCAUUUUUAAUGGAAGGCAGAAAAAUGACAUUUUUGAUUAGUCGGCAUCGAUUGUUUUUCAAUCUAAGGAUGUAUGUUAGGUGUCGUGAAUUCGGCAUGUUCUUUGUUAAAUGUAAGGUUUAUAGCGACGAGGAAUGUUUUGCUGCG